AUGCUCCGUUUAUCAUCUUUUCCUUCUUCCGCCCUCUCCUCCUCUUCCUCCUCCAUCUCCUCAACAGCUCGAUUGACGCCAGCUCCAUCUCGGCUUCUCCUCCAGCGCCGGAUAGCCUCAUCCACACAUCGGCCCUCUUUCGCGUUUCCGCAGUAUACUCGCAGUCGAUCCUACUCUACCGGUGGACAAGUAUCUAAUCCGUCGGCUGUCGCAGAACCGAACCCUUCCGUUCACCCGCAAACACCCCCUCCUUCUCCUCCUCCGCGAUCGCGAUUCCGCCGCUUCCUUGGCUUCACUUCGAUCGCUGUUCUUGCCUUCUCUGCCGGUCUUCUCUACCAGACUCAACGUACCGUCUCGCGACUCAUGGCGACCCCUAUCAUCUCCAACGCCGAGACCCUCACGGCCUUCGUCCCCGUGGAUGCUCAUGCCGAGGAAGUCGAUGAGUAUCUCCGCACACACCCCGAGGCCAACAGGCUUCGCGAAGAUGACGAUUUCGAGGAGUCGCGCCCGUAUCUGCGGUAUCCAGAGGGCAUUCGCGCGCGCAGUCUGACGGCGGGCACUCUAUUGGGCCCGAACAAGCUCGUUGUUCCGCCGUUCGUGUUCGCCCAUCGCGAGGGCAAGAGCCUGGUCUCGCUCAUGUACCUGGGCUCUGAUAUCUGCGGCCACCCCGGUAUUAUUCACGGUGGUUUGCUAGCUACAAUGUUGGACGAGAAUCUGGCCCGCUGCUGUUUUCCGGCAUUACCGAACAAGGUCGGUGUGACCGCCAACCUGAACAUUGAUUACCGGGCGCCGGCCAUGGCCAACACCUACGUGGUUCUUCGGGCGGAGACUGUCAAAGUGGAAGGCCGCAAGGCGUGGGUUGAGGGUCGCAUUGAGACUCUCCCCGAGGAAGGAAAGGAGCCUGUAGUGCUGGUUGAGGCCAAGGCGCUGUUUAUCGAGCCCAAGCAGGCUGCUGCGUUGUCCGGCUUGUACCGUGGCGUCAGUGAUUGA